AUGAGCGUCGAGUCAUCUAAGAAAGACAAGCCAGGUUUUCGUGGCAUAAACGUUCGCUCUCGGCACCUCUACCUUACUUCGGCCGAGCUGGAGGAACGGGACAUGCAGUCUUCUGUGCCGGUUGUCCGCUCUGGCGAUUCCAGGCUUUCGGAGACAGGUAUCCCACUGGCAUCAACAAAGAUGUCUGAGCUGUCUCUGGGGCCCGGAACAGGAUCCCCGGCCAAAGCUCAGCGGCACCAGUGUCGCUUCUGUCCGUACGCAACGCAGCACCGAGGCAGCCUGGUGCUACACGAGCGAGUGCACACGGACGAGCGGCCCUUUCGGUGUCACCUCUGA